UUCAGGGUUUUCGUUGGGUCUUCAUGUUGGGCUUGAGGAUGUGGAAUUAAGUUUUAACAAGACUUCUAAUGUAGUUCUUUUCCGAGUAGGCCCUUCGUCAUAGGGCUGUGCAUCCAGACCGUCGAAAUCUGUUGACUUGUCGGUACGAUGACAGGAACCCGAACUCAUCUUUACCAGCGUGGUACAUUUCGGAAAUGCCGGUUAACUUCGAGUCGAUUGGGUUUCAUUCUGAUUGUUCUUAGCUUUAUUUGGGGAAUGUAUCUCAUUCAAGUGCAACUAAAUGAAAGACAAUCGCAGUCUGAAUACUUAAAGGAGAAAAUUAUUGCAUUAUCGAAGGAAUACAUCGAUGCAAUCGCGAAGGAGAAAGGCUUACAUUCAUCGGAGUUAGGAACUAAUGGUAGGUGGACUUCACUUCCUGCACGCGCUGCUCAUUAAAGCAGGUGCCUUAUUUCGCUUACAAACAGAUUCUCGGCAAGCCUUGCGGUUGUUGCAUCUAGAAACGUUCGGCGGAGUAACGCUUUCAUCUUUUAUUUUCGUUACCGAGUUUCACGGGUUUAUUUAAUUUCUUGGGAAGAAAAUUAGCCUACUAAAUAUUUCUAUAACGCUUUUAUUUUUGAGAAUGAUUAUGAAAGUUUCUGUCUUUAUCUCCUCUUGGAAAUUUCUUUCGCUGUGAAAUUGGUACAGUUUCCUGUCGAGAUAUUUAGAACAUUAUUCUAACGUGCAUUCUUUCGACUUUGCCUUCUUUCGAAUUUGCCUUUUGCGCUCAUUAUACAAGAACAAAGUUUAAUCUUCGUGUGUUAGAUGUAUAAAAUUAUGAAUCUUGAAUAGCACAAAAAAAAUUGGACAAAAAUUGGUUAAAUUUAACCUCGAUUGUUCGGCAUAUGAUCAAGCGAAAUCGAGCGGCAUUUUCCCGUGGUUAUUGAGGUGCAAUAAGAUUACUGUUUUGGAGGAAUACAACGGUCAAUAUUUUUAUUGACAUUCGUUCGUGAUCAAAUGAAUAUAGUCGUGGGCGCAAAUUGCCUGACCAACAUUUCUCAUCCAAAUAAACUCAGUCACAUGGUGUGAACACGCAAACAAAAUAAAGGGCUUCCAAGCUUAAAUGAUAACCAUUUGUUUUCUUUCCUGCCAAAACGUUUUGCCAUUAAUGUACUUUUAAUACGCUCAGGCAGAGGAAAUGUUGUUUUUGAUGGUUUUUGUGUGUUCUGGUAACUGCCAGGGGCAAUUACCAAAUAUAGGCAUGCAUAGCAGACAAGAGUUAUUUUAUUGGCUGGGUGAGUCGAGAGGGAACAAAUUUGUGUACAUAAUCUUAUGCACAUUUUUGUUCAAAUACAGUACAUCACGCUGAGGUAGUUAGUAAUAAUGCCUGAACUGGCACAAUGUCCUCAUUGGGUUAAAUGAAGACACAAUCUCUCUGGAGAAAUUGUGACAUUUCUCUGCAAUACACCUAGUAAAUACAGGCUUUUAGAUGGCUACAUUUAGAUAGCAAGUUUGAAAAGAUUUCUGUAUAACCCCACAAUUUUCUGAAACUAAGCUGAAGUCCUAAAAGCAAUAACUCUUUUCAUCAAAUGUCACAUGUGAUGAAAACACAUGUGACGUGUGUUUUCAUGCAUAUGCAUUAAAGCACAUGCAAUAAAACACAUGCAUAGAGGUGCACAUGCGUGCAGUUCCCAUAAGUUUAAGCAUAAUCUUUGUGCUUGUAUCUUACCCAAGGUUAAAAGUGGCAUUGUUUUUCAACUUUUCUGAAAAAAGUGCCAUUUUAUCUUUACUUGUGUUGUUGCUAUUGUUCCAAAAAGUGAGAACUCAAAAGUUCUUGACAUGUGCAGAUAUUUGGGGAUAAUUAGUUGAUCCAAUACCUAAUUCUCUGAACUAAUAUUACAAGAAUUGUAUGGUUGACAGUAAAGAGAAUUACAAAUUUUAUCUGGGAGUUAAGGGUUAAGUACAUAUAGUACCUAUAGAUCUUUAUUAACAGACCAUUUCACAUGGCUACCUUUAGAUGUAAAUUUGUUUUCCUAUGGUCACGAUAUCUCUAGUUGUACAGUUUGCUUCUUGAGAGGUAUUUUAUAAAAUAGAUUAUCUUAAAAUACCUUCCACUGAUGCAGCACACAGUUUCUUUAUAAAUUUGCCCCUUUUAUAAUUUUUUUCUACAGGGGAAGUCGAAGUCCGUGAGAUGAAAAAGGCUACUGCAAUUCUUCUCCAAAAUAUGCUAUCAAGAAUAAAGAAUCUUGAGGAACAAGUUGAAAAUGUGAUCAUAAACAGUACAUCGGAAUUCCAGCAUCUCACAAAAGCCAUCAAGUCCCUAAACAGAACAAUCAAUAAUAUUACAAGAGUAUCAGGUUAGCAGGAAACUAUUUGAUUUUAGGACCUUACAACAUAGAGGGCAAAAUUACUUAAUGCUGAUUUCAUUAAUAUUUUGUUAAUUUCCACCACAGGAAUAUUAUAGCAGACAGUAAAGACAAUUAUCAAAAUAGGAUUUUAAAGCCAAAAGGGUCAAGUAGUCCUGUAGUGAAUGAGACGAUCUAUGAGAGAGUCUUACCUCUAAUUGGCCAGUUGAUUGCUUGGCCUGCAUGUUGGUGCAGUCAGUCAAUCAGUAAGUCAGUCAGUCAGUUGGUCAGUUAGUCAGUCAGUCUUUCAAUCAGACAGUCAGUCAGUCAUUCAGUAAGUCAGCCAGUUGGUCAGUCAGUCAGUUGAUCAGUAAGUCAGCCAGUUAGUCAGUCAGUCAGUCAGUCAUUCAAUCAGUCAGUCAGUCAAUCAGUAAGUUAGCCAGUCAGUCAGUUAGUCAGUCAGUAAAUAAGUUAGUCAAUCAGUUGUGUUUGUAGUAUGGUAACUAAUAUUGCACUGGCUGAAAUUGCAGAAGAGGAAGGCUGUUACAUCCCAGAUAACCCUGCAUAUCCUGAAUGUGGCAAAAAAGUAAACGUAAGUAUGUUGCAACUGUUUGUUUUACAGAACUGCCUUGAAAGAGGUGACUCUUAGCUGUGCAGUUGAUCAUACUUAAAAAUCAUUUGCAGAGAGCAAAGUGAAUACAGUACAAUUAAUGUAUGGUCCUGAGGGAAACAGUUAGUUUUGUUCUCCUGAGAGUCCUGAUGUUUCCCGAGUUGAAGUUGAGGGAAAACAAAACUAACUAGUUUCCUAAGAGACAAUAAAUUAAGUACUUUGUUAUAUAUUUAGACUUUCCCUUAAACAAUCAUAUGGCUAAAAAAAAAACAAACAUGCUGUUGUAUUCAGUGUGUGGGCAAUAAUUGCACAAUUGUAUCCCAGUUGGAAUACAUUUGAAUUUGAUCAAGAAUCAACCAAUCACAGUGCUCAUUUUGUGGAGUGAAAGUCUAGAUAUCUAAGAAUGUUGAAUAAUCCAGAAACGAAGUUGAGGGAUUAUUCAACAUUUAUUCAUUUAUUGAGGCAUUAAAAUUUAUUGUAGACUUGCUCAGCUGCGCCUCACAAGCCCACAACAUUUUGACCAAUGCGAUGAUGAAUAUUAUUGUCCAUAAGAGUACAAACCAGGCUAAACCACCGUCAAUUUGUUAAUUAGCUUUUUGCUAUCUAGUUUUAGUGUAUAUGAAAUUUGUUUUUUUUGAUAGUGGAUUAGAGAGCACUGGAAAUCAGACCCGAAGUUUAUUAAACAUGGUGUGAAUGACAGUUUAUGUUCUAUCCUCAACUAUCUCAGUGAGGUAUGUCGCAGAUUUGUUAAUUCUCUUCUCUCAAUUGCAUGUUUGGUAGGAUUUAUCUUUAUUAAUGAAACUCAUGUGGACAAUGUGGCUGGAAAUUACCCUGGCAAGCUUACUUCUUUUCUUGCAUCUUAUAGACUUUAACCCAGUAAACUCCCUAGAUCUGAUUGUUAAUUCUUCCUUCUAGCUGCUAUACUUCUCCUAGAAAAUUAAUUGUGAGAAUUUGGCAUUAGAUCAAGAUAUCAACCUCUUAACCUGAAUGUUAAGUUUGAGUAUUCUCCCAACCUGUUUUCUGGAGAAUCUUUGGAUACCACAGGGAGAAGUUACAUGUUAAUCUCUUCUGGGAGUUAACCUUGUUGUAGUCCAUCUCAGUGCAAUAAUUAUAAACAGUUACAGCUUAUUUAUUGAUAGGAGUGAAAAUUAAGAUAAUUUUCUUGAAUUGCAGGUUGAGCAUUGGUGUCCCAGAGAUUAUAAAGGUCAUAAAAGAAAAUCAGAGGUGGAGAAAUGCGUCAUUCCAUCUGAUCCUGCCUUUCCACACUGCAACGAAAAAGUCCAGGUAUGUUAUGAUAUUUUGUUAACAUUAUAACCCCUAAGAGUCUCUAGCUUCCAAUUUCUCCGUACAGUAUCACCCUUGAAUUAAAAAUGAAUGUCACAAGAAUAAAGGAAAUGAUCACCAACUAAAGAAGCUCUUGAUUGUUCGAUAAAUUCUCCUUGUCAGCAACUUUGGAAGUGUGUAGAGAUCAGUAUGGAGAAUAUGCAUACUGAUGUUAGGGUGUAAAGGGUUAAUUGCACAGUGUUUUACAGUAUAUGGUCAAACCAGGAAGCGACAUUUGAUUGUGUACUUCAAUUGUCUUAUAUGGUAAGAGUAGUUGUGCACAAGGGAGUGAGGGAGGAGGGAGGGGGGGGAAGAGAGAGACAGAGACAGAGACAGAGACAGAGACAGAGAGAGAGGGUAAUAGAAAAAAUUCUUGGUUUAGUUUUAGAGAAGUGGCAAAGAUUUCUGAGUUAAAGAGAUAUAUCAUUUAUUUAGACCAUUCAGUUGAGGAUGGUCCUGAAAAGUGCUGUCAGUUGUAGAUCAAAAUGACUGAUGUUUCAACAACCUGAACAAAGGUCAUUGUCAGGAUCUUGUUUUUUGUUUCAGCAGAUUGUAUUGUGGGAUUGCCCAGGGUUGCAGGAUUGGGUUCAGCGGGGGAGAAGGGUAGAGACCACAAAGCAAAGGGCAGAGGCAGAGCCAAAUUAAAAAAAAAAAAAAAAAAAAGAAAUAAUGAAAUGAUAGAGUUUAUGUUUACAGGGUAUUUUGGGCCUAACUUAGACUCAUUUAAGCCUGAGCUUCAAGGUAGUGGUCAAUAUGACUCUGAGAAUGACCCAAAACAUAUUUAUGCCCAUGAAAAUAAACUCUUCUAGUAUUAGCAUCACUUUGGAGAGCGUCAAGAUUAUAAGAACUGAAAAAUGCCAACAAGACAGUCUAAACAAUCAUGCAAGGGCGCAAGAAGGCUGAAAUGCAUUUCUGCCUGCCAAAAUCUCCAUGUUAGUCCGCAAAAUGCACCACAUUGCUGGACAAAGUUAUAAUAAUGUGUUUUUUGUGGUGCUCAGUUCUCUUAAUGUUUCAUAUUAUUGCUGUGUGUUCAGUGGAUGCAGAACUUCUGGCAAUCAGACAUGAAGUACGCCGGUCACGGGGUGGAUGGAAGUCUUUGUUCAUUUCUGAAAUAUCUGAGUGAGGUAUGAAUAUUUAUUGAUAUUAAUAAAUAAAUGAUAAUAAUAUGUGAGGAGAUAUUAUUGAUACAUUUCUGGCUCUGUUGUGUUAAUAGUAACUGAGACAUCUGCUUAUGACAUGAUUUAUACAGAAUGUGGCAGAUUGCAGUAUAAAGAAAUUUGAGUUGAAAAUGAAUCAAAUUAAGAUUCAAGGCAGCUGAGUUUAAUUGUGAUUUUGGAGGGGUUUAACGCAGCAGUUAUUCAAGUGCAGGAUUCAUUUUCAAUCAUUUUUUUUCUUAAGUAACUGAAUCACUGGUGUUUUUUGGUGUGAUGUCUCACUUUCCUCUUAUUAAUUUCCCUGGAUAGUGUAGAUUGUUUAGUUGUACUUUAAUUGUAUUGGAUCAGUUGAUCCAAUACCAAAUUCUCCAAAAUAACAUCAUAAGAACUGUGUGGCAGGCUACACAGUGAGGAGAAGUGCUAAUGAGAUCUUAAGAGUGAGAGGGUUAACCCAUUAAAACUUAAGAGUGCUUAGCAUGUAAUUUCUCCCCGUGAUAUCACCCCUGAAUCAAACAUUAUGGUCACAAGAAGAAAGGAAAUGAUCAGCGACUGAAAAGCUCUUGAUUGUUAAACAAAUUCUCCUUAUCAGCACCAUAGGAAGUGUGCACAGAACAGUAUGGAGAAUAUGCAUACUGAUGUUAGAGUGUAAAGGGUUAACAGUCAGGAGUCACAGGGCUAAACAUCACCUCUUGUUACUGUCUCAUCAGGUGGAGAAUUUCUGUCCCUUACGUAAUGGUGGACAUGUGAGUAAUGACUGCGAAAUCCCAACUGACAAGGAGUUCCCAGAGUGUCCCAGCAAAAUUGCUGUAAGUUUUCAAAGCUGCUACUGAUUCUAUUUAAUAUAUGUGCUUCAGUCAAUCCUUAUUAAAAUUGCCUCCUACUGCGUGAUGUAUUAGUAAUUGGUAUUUAAACAUGCCAAUAUUGGAAUUGUUUGGGAUGAAUAUUUAUAAAUACUUUUUUAUUUAUAUCUAGUGGAUGAGGCAGUUCUGGAAAACUGAUAAGUGCUACAAAGAGGACCAUGGUGUCAAUGGAAGUAUCUGCUCUUUUAUUAUUUAUUUAAGUGAGGUAGGUAUUUGCAAAUGUGUGUUGCAUUAUGAUAGGGUGUAUGGUUUUUUGUGUACAAGUUAAAUAAACAAUAGGCCACACUUUCCUAUAGUUUACUGGUGUACUAAUCCAUGUGGAAUUUUAGAGGAACACAAGAAACAUGUGUAACUCACUAGCUGGUGGCAAUGAUGUAUUUAACCCUUUAACUCCCAAGAUCUAGUCAGUAAUCUCCUUACUGUCUGCCAUACUGUUCUUGUGAUGUUAGUUUGGAGAAUUAUGUAUGAGAUCAACUUAUAACCCCCUGACUGAUAUUUUUCUUUAUUCUCAUCACUUGUCUGCUUGUUAUUGUAUUGAUAUUGUGGGGAGAAACUCUCCCUUGGUCACUGACGGGAGUUAAAGGGUUAGACUUUUCUCAUGCACACUCAACAUUAUAAGUGCGUUAUUUUACCAGUAAACUGAUAGAAAGUCUGUUACUUUUGUAAGAUAAACUUUCAAUUUUCUACGGGUUUCCACUGCAACAAGUCAUAGGUUUUUGACCAAUCAGGGUGCUAGUUGUAAAUAAGCAUCUCAAUUAUUUCAUAAUGUCAGGUUACGGUAAGUCUGGAAAUAUGACAGUGCACUGGGAAUAAUUUUUAACAUAACUAGUUGCAUGGUAAUAGUGUUUGGAAUAUAAAUUCAGAUGUAAAUUUUUAGGAUGUUUUAGCACUAACUAUUUGUAACUUUUUCUUUGAUUGUCAGGUGGAGAGAUGGUGCCCUUUAUUGCCAGGAAGAAGAGUGCCAAGUGAUUUACCAAAAUUAAACCUAUUGGCUGUGAGUUUGUUGACAUUGAAAGUGAUCAGUUGAUUGGAUCUAAUUUCUAAGAUUUUACUGAUAUUUUAAUGUGUAUAGGAUACCUCAGAGACAUUUAACCCUUUAACUCCCAAGAUCUCAUUAGUAAUUCUCCUUACUGUCUGCCAUACAGUUCUUGUGAUGUUAGUUUGGAGAAUUUCAUAUUGGAUCAACUUAUAAUCCCCUAACUGAUAUUUUUCUUCAUUCUCCUCACACGUCUGCUUGAUAUUGUAAUGAUAUUGUAAGGAGAAAUUCUAUCUUGGUCACUCACGAGUUAAAGGGUUAAGUGUUUCUUACUUCUCAUCUGAUCAUCAUUAACCCAGCUGUCUUACAUUUCUUAUUUUAUGUCUUCUCAUCACCAUUCUGCUUGAAAUUAUAUCAACAUUACAGGGAGAAAUUCAGUUUUGAUCAUUCCUGAGAGUGAUUGGGUCAAGUGAACUUUAUAAAAUUGUCAUCACUUCAUGUGAAUAAAAUCUAGAUAUUAGCUCCACAGAUUGGUUCACUUGGUUUGCAUUUAUGUUUUUUUUUCUUUUAUCCUGUUGGCAGGAUGUCGCAAGGACAAAUGUACAAAGCCUUCUGAAUCUCUUAACGGAUGAAAAAGGUCUGAAAUUUCGUUGGAUUAAAGCGAGGAUUGUACAGAUGUGGCCUCAUUGGCAAACAGCAUUUUCAGCCUUAAAAAUCAAAAGAGAUUUCUCAAAAACAGUUAAAAAGAAGGUAAAUGAAUUUAAGCCUGGUUACAGUCAGGAGACAUGCCGCAACUUGGCACAGGCUCUCAAUGACAAUUCACUUUUCAUCACUGAGACAGUGAUGAAAAUCAAUUAAACAUGUCACACAAAUUUAAAUUUGCUGUUAGUUGGUAGUAGUUUGGAUUUAUGCCUUGAUGGUGUUGAUAAAGUGAGUCAGAAAACAUAAGUCGCUUGAAGAAGAAUGGCAGAAUGUAGUCGAAAUGUCGCGAUCCACAUCCCAAGUGACCACAUCUUGAGGCAAAUGAUUAUAUUUCUCUUUUGAAAAUGAGUUGGAGUGUCGCGCUUUGAGGAGUUCCUCACAGAAAGCUAUAACAGUAAGAUUUUAACCUUGAGUGUACAUCUUUGGUCACCAAAAAGUUGAGCUGGGAGUCCUGCAAGGCAACCAAUAACUUAGGACAAAAUGGAUUGAAUGAAGUUGUAUAACCAGUAAAUUCAAAGUAUUUGUUUAACUAAAGGUUGGAUACCGGACACAGCUCCAGUAUUUGUAAAAGAAACAACAGCCAUCUGGAACUGGGUGGAACGUGGCUUUGCAAUUCAAACUCCUGGAUUGUCACCUGAACCAAAAUAGUUAUCGUUUUUAUUAACUUCGCCUUUCAGAUUUUAAUCCAUAUUGGACUGUUGUCAAAUGAAAACAAGCUUCACUUUGCCGAAGAGGCUGGCAAAGGUGGUCCGUUAGGGGAGCUGGUUCAGUGGAGUGACUUGAUAACUUCCCUUUACAUCCUUGGACAUGAUAUCACAGUCACUGCUGAUUUGCUCUCUGCAACAAGGCAAGUUUACUCUUGAACUCCCAUGAUCCAAUUAGAAAUUCUCACCCAUUUUUCAUUUCAUCAUUUUCUUUAAAAUCAGCUAGGAUUUUUGGCAGCCUGUUCUUUUAUAUUUUAUAGUCCAAUUGUAAGGGUGACGAGAACCUUUUCUACAGGCGGCUUUGCCCGUAAAGAGGCCGUAAAUUGAAACCCAAACGCGAGAUUAAGCUCGCAGUCUAAACAGAAGGUAGUAAGUAAAGGUAUCUUACAGGUGGCCAUAGACCACUGGGAACUGGCUUGAAUGAAUUCCCUGCAAGUCUGCCCCUCAAGACCUUGUUUCCUCUUGCCAAACUGAAGACACAAAAUAAAGAGAUCUUAAACUAAAGAGAUUUUUACUUGGUUAUAACCUAUAAAGUGCAUUCUUCUUUUUCUUUCACUAGCCUGAUUGGGAAUAUUGUCAGCAAGAAGUUGUGUCCCCAGAAAUUGCCAAAUGAUGUGGAUCUUUUGUAUACAGAUUACAUUGGCCUCAAAGAACUAAGCACAAAAAUUGGUACUCUGUCUCCACAAUUCUUGUAAGUAGUGUACAACCUGUUAUGAGUUGUUAAAUAUAAGAGAUUUUCUUACUUUGGCUAUUCAUGUAAAGGGAGGAAUUCUUUCUGUUUUUCUGAAGGUACGAGUGAUCACUCGAAGAAAAAAACCUCAUUACUGUUCUUGGCAUCUUCGUAAUUUUGUUAAGAGCUCCUUUAUCAAACCCUCCAUUACUUUAAAAUUCCUACAGUGGUGUAGUUAUUCAAAAUAACACUGCCUUCCUUUUCACUGUUAAGUAUUUGCAACCUUUCAAGAAUUUGACGCUAAAGCAAUAAGUAUCUGAUUUUUGACACUAGUGUCCAAUGUAGUGUCCAAUUUUGGAUAUUAGCGUCCAGUUUUUGACUCCAGUGUCCAAUGUUAUACAGUAUGUCCAAUUUAGACACAGUGUCCUAUUUAAGAUGCUGGUGUCCAAUUUUAGGCACUGGUGCCGGAUUUGAGACUGUUUCAUCAGGGUUUCUUAGCAGAAGGAAACUAAUGAAAGCAAGGGACUGGGGGCCGUAGGAGGUGUCCGACUUUAGACAAUACUCACGCUACUCCAGAAGACUUUACACCGCUAACUGUACAAUCACUGUUAUCAGCUAUGAAUCAUUUUUCAAACGGUCUUAUUCUGGUAGUAUCUUUUUUUCGCUCUCCUUCUUCAGGAAUCCCAACGAUAUUGAACCUUUCAACUUUAUAGAACCAGAAAUUAUCUCGGAAUAAGAAUUUCCUUUACUAGCGUAAGCAAAUGGACAAAAUGUGCGGCCCUCUUAGCAGUUGACCUGAUAAAACCUUUCUUUGGCCAGACCGGACUUAUUUUGAGCCCAGAAUCAGACCCUUACGUCACCCUCGGUCAAAGUAUGUAGAAUAUAUCAUGAUGUCAAAAUAGAAUGUUGUCUUUUUCUUUUCAGGUGCAAACUGCGUGUGGUGGACUCAUUUGGAACUGAAGCUCAGUUCAAUUUUAAUCUUUACAAGGAAAAACUCCCUGGAGGAUCUGUAGCACCAUUUGGACGAUACAACUUAAACUUGCGGCAAUUUCAGACCAUGUUCCGUAAGUUUCUUUUUACUCGGAGAAUUUGGGAAUUUUUCUGCAAUUUUUUGUAUUCCUUUUUUAAUAGCGUGUGUAAAAAAGGAGUUGACGCAAUAAAUUUGAUCAGGUGUUGCAAAUGGAAAUAAAUUUUUUUAUCGGGAUCAGUACUCCAAGAUGUUGUUUAAGCAGGCUUAAGAUUCCAGGGGUCCUGAUUAGAAUUCAGUUUCUUUUCAGGCUCCAAAAUUUUCGGCUCAAAUCAACAUUUUCCCUGUGCUGUUUGCCGUUUUGGAAGCGCAAUGAUUUAGCUGCAAAGUUUUAUACUCAAGUACUUGACAUACCUGCCUAACAUAUAAUAUCGAAUGCAAAGCCGGACUUAGUGCAAAAGCAGCUACAGAUGUGAGAUCAAAUUGAGCUAUUUUACCAAAAGAAUGUCUGUCAUUCCUCUAAGGUCAGCCAACUGGAUGCUGGAUCUUCGUAAGUUUUCUUUUUGUGAUGUGUUUUCUUUCGUCCACAGCCCACAGUCCAGACAACACAUUUCUUGGCUUUGUUGUGAAUGCUCAGCCACCAGUAAAAAACACGGUCAGAAAGUCCAGAAGAAAAGCAAAAGCUCUCGUCUAUGGAAAGCAUGUCAACAUGUGGAAGGUAAGGACAAAAAAAUGUAAUAGAGUACCUUCCAGAAGAUUAGCACUGGAUAUUUCGAUCAAGUGCAUGCAUUCCCUGAGCUGCUGACAAGGAGAGUUUUUUUUACAAUCAAGAGCCUCGUUAGUUGGUGAUCAUUUCCUUUAUUCUCAUGACCUUAAUGUUUGAUUCAGGGGUAAUAUUGCAUGGAGAAAUUAGAUGCUGGCCACUCUUAGGAGUCAAAGGGUUAACUUCUUCCUCUCAGGCUCUAGAGAAGGCUUCAAUUGAGCGUCCUUCGUAGAUUCCAGUAUUUCUUUGGUUUUGCUUUACUUCGUUAUGUGAUUGGUCAGUAAAACUCCUGCAAUCCUCGCCACCAGUUUGAUUCUGUAUGUUUUGUUUUUUCGUUGCAUUUUUCAAGGAUGUAAAAGAUAAAACCUUCCUCGAAGUCAUAAACAGAUACGUGGAAGUGCACGGCACUGUCGGGGGAGGGGUGAGUGUUGUUGCUACUUAAAAUGGCCGAUUUCUCAUAACAACGGUAGACAAAAAAAAAGGGGCUAGUGACACGCCCUUAUUCGUGGAAUAUGACUUCGCACAAGUGCACUGAGCACAUUUCCAUCCAGAACAGCCAAUGAAAUCUAUUUUUAUAGAUGGCAGUGUUUUUUCAGCUCUUUACUCUGAUCACGUUUGCAGUAACAGUGAAAGUGAAAUUUUGUGAAGAUUUCUGUUUCACUGUUAACAUUUCUACCCGUCUUCUUCCAAAAAUGCUUAAUUUUUUGUGAUAGAGCUGCUAAUACGAGCUGCUUCUGAGUCGCCUAAAAUUUGUGAAUGCCUCAGCGCUUCAUUGAGGAAAUAGACCUCGCUCACCGUGGAGUCUCUGUGGCUCAGUGGUAGAGCAUCGGAGCGCGGAAUCCGAAGGUCUGAGAUUCGAUUCCUCGUGGGGACUCAGAAUUUUUUCUUUGUCCCACGCUCGUGACAAGACGGAAAACAACUAUCUUUAUUUAUUUCUUUACCGAGCUCAAAAUUUACCAUCUCUCUUAUUUCUAUCUAAAUUUAUAUUAUCAAUGUAUUAGUUUGUGAGGUUUUUUCCUUUAAAUUUCUCCUACACUACAGAAUUCGAAUGACAUUGCAAGCCAUUUGCCAAGUUUUGUGAUAAACCAUGGUGUGGUUACUCCAAUGGAAGUGCAGCAGCUCUUGAACGAGUCAAUGGUAUCAAUAUUUAGCUUCUUUUAAUCGAGUUAUUUGCGCUGUGUGCGCAGGAUUCCCGACAAAAAGGUCUGGGAAAGAAACUAUUCUCACAGUUCCUUUCUUUCACAUGAGAGUUCCAUCGAACAGCAAAGGAAAACAGAAUUAUUGCUCUAUCAUUUACUGUUAAUUUACUGACUUUUUGUUGUUGUUUUUGAGAGGAGGGUAGUUUUCAUAGUAGUGAACGUCUUCCUUAAAUGGAGGUUGUCAUUUUAAUUUUUGUGAGAUAAAAAACUUGUUUAUCCUGUUUUGCAGGUUUUUGUGGGACUUGGUUUCCCGUAUGAGGGACCUGCGCCGUUGGAAGCAAUAGCCAAUGGAUGUUUCUUUAUAAAUCCGAAGGUAAGUAAGAAACUAAGAAACACUUCUGAUGAAUUUCAGGUCUUGUCUCAUAUUGCAUUUUCUUUGUUUAUUUCAUUUGAAUUUUCAUUUUAUUGUGAUUGCCAAGUAAUGUGUUUAAAACAAUCUUUUCAAUUCACCACUGCCUCUUUUUUUGUCUUUUCUAGUUUAUUCCACCGAAGAGUCGGGAAAACACGCAGUUUUUCAGAGACAAGCCCACGCUAAGACAGGUAAAGAAAAGAGUGUGGUGUUUAUUACCAAUGAUACCAUCUGCGUCAUCUAAAAAGUUGAAAUGUCAGGGUAAUCCUGAGGUAAUGAAAAAUAUUUUUGGCUUAUGUGCAGCAAUCUUCAAAUAUAUCCAACAUCGUUUGUCAUUCGCCUAAUCCAUCUGUUACACCCGACAUCUUCGCCGUAUGGUGCUCUUUUGGCCAAAUUCACCCUUCUUGUUUUACUUUAGAGAACCUUCAUAUCUUUAGGGAAAGAGAAUUUUGUGAGUUAGAGAAUCGAUAAAUAGGAAAUUUAAACGCCGGUUUCACUCGCUUUUCCAAUAAUCGUUGUAUCAAACCUGUGGAAAAAAUGCAGAAAUCUCUUUUUCAAUGUUAAUGGGAUACUUUCACUCUCGUAUAAAAACGCUCUGAGGCUAGAAGUUGAGUUGUUCAAUUUUUUCUGUUUACCUCAUUGUGUUGGUUUUUUCAUUUUAGGUGACUUCGCAACAUCCCUAUUGCGAAGAAUUCAUCGGCAGCCCGUAUGUGUACACCAUUGACAUGAAAAAUGUGUCAGAGGUUGAACGAGUCAUGAAGGAAAUUAUGCUGAAAGAAGUCGAACCUUACUUACCUUUUGAGUUUUCUCCUGAAGGAAUGUUAGAAAGAGUUAGUGCGUUGGUUCAAAAUCAGGUACUUGACCGAUUUUUCUUUUAUUUUUGUUUGGCUUGUUGCCGACGUGUUCUUCUGAACGGGAUUAGGAGUCGAAAGAUCUCCCGUGGUACAUAAAUUUAACACAUUUAAUUGACCAAAACAUUCGACAAAUAGCUCAUCAGAAACAAAAUGGCGGCUUCUCUAAACCUCGUGAUCGCAAUACUACUCUUGCGCAUGCUUUUGACGUAAUGGGCCACAGACUAGUUCCUAGUCCUUCUAGACAGUGUGUUCAGUUAGUAAAACAGAGUGAAGUGGCAAACUGCGCGAUAGCAGUGGCAGAGCGAAAACGAGGGAGGUUUGGAUCGAGUCGCCUCGACCUAAACUUCUCUUUUUCACUCCUCCGCUUCUAUUACGUCGUUUGCUCUCGCGCUUCGUGUAACUAAUUGAACGCCUGAAAUAAGCUAAUUUUCGUUUGGAGUUAACGAGCGAAUUCGGAACAAUAAGAAUUAUAUCUUGCAAUAUUUUUGUGGUUCUUUUCUUUCAAGUCACCUAGAAGAGCAAGUGAUUACUUCUCUCUUACAUUCUAAUCAGUAUUCUUUUCUUUCCGCCGAUGCCUCUGUUCGUUCUGGUAGAAUUUCUGUAACCAUAAAAAUUGGCCUCCUGUAAAAGCCUUGGUAACUGUGAAAGGAGAGGCUGGAAAGUCGUGCAAACAAGUUUGUCUUUCUAAAGGUACGGAAAGAAAACUAUAAUAUAGGUUGUAAACAUUUUAUAGCGGUUGGGACAACGAAAAAAAAAAUAUCUGUACAUCGAACUGCAGAAUCGGUAGGCCGAAUGGUUGUAUCAUGAUAACAUUAACCCCUCCCCCCAUAAGGCUCUGCAAAAUUCUUAUGAACCCCCCCCAUUGUCAGUUUAUUGGCUGUCAAUUUUCUAUGCCCCCCCCCCGUUUAUACUCUGUUGGUGACGACUGAUCUCCCUUCCGACCCCUCUUAGGCAAUAAAAUAAUGACUAUUCCCUCAGGGCUGAAUCUUCGUUGGUACUUCGUGAGUCUUCGUGGCUACUUCGUGAUUCUUCGUGGCUACUUCGUGAUUCUUCGUGGCUACUUCGUGAUUCUUCGUGGCUACUUCGUGAUUCUUCGUGGCUACUUCAUGAUUCUUCGUGGCUACUUCGUGAGUCUUCGCGAGUCCUAGUGAGUUUUUCUUCGUCCCACGGUCGUGAUGAACGGUCUUAUAAUAUCUUUCUCUGUAGCUGUUAACGGAGCUCAAAAUUUCCUAACCUUAGUUUACUUUCUUAGUAGUGUUUGCAUGUUAUUGAAUAGUCAAAUGGCAGAAAUAAACGGAAAUUAUAUUUUUUUCCCAAAUUUAAAUCUGACUUUUUUUAUCAUAUUAAUUUUUUUGUUACAUAGGUAUGGUUUGCGAACCAGAAUUCUUCAAGGCAAUCAACUCACGCACCUCACUUACAGAGUAAGUGCUGAUCUUUUUUUUUUAUUUAUAGAUCACUGAUAAGUGGAAAUUGAUCAAGACCUUUUUCCAUAUGGCACACUCUGAUGUACUUCGUUUGUAAUGUUGUAGUUUGGUGGUAUCCUGUAUGGGGGAGUUCUUACUCACGAGGAGUAAUGUGCCAGUCCACUCACACAAGACCUAAUUCAGAAUUGUUUCUCAUAUUUUUGUUAUACCUUUUUGCGAAAACGAUUGGUGAGAAUUUGUUGAUUAACCUGUGGUUCAGUUAUUUCCACGAUCUGUGUGCUAGUGUCAGAGCUAAAAAUCUGCUCAAUGAAUAUUGUCAGACAUCACCUUUACUUUAUUGUGUUUAAAAAUCUAGAACACUUCAGUUAUUUUUUUGUCGUUGACUCUGCACUUCAACUUUUAGUGUUAACAUUACUUAUUUCACAUGUGGGGUGAUUGUGUGACUCAGUGUUAAUUGCGUGACAGGAAUGGUUUUCCAUGUAACAACAGCCGUCUUGAGGAAGUACCAUCCCUCAUCGCGCCAGGUUACCGCGAGGAGCCUAGAGCCUGCAUUGUCCAGACCCAAUCCCUUUUGUUUAGCUGCACAGGAACGAGUCCGUCAACUAUGCGUUUAUGUCCGUGUAGAAAAUACAAAAAGGGACAGGUAGCGCUAUGUGAAGACUGUUGAUGGAAUGAAAUCUGUAAUUUCGUAACGAUAUAUUUAUAAUUAAUAUUUUCAAAUUAAUUUGAUAAUAUGUUAAGUAGUUUUCUAAGAUUAUUUCAUAACUCCACUUUUAUCUGGUAUAUUUAUAUAUUAUGCUUCAUACGUUGAAAUGUUAAAAAAAUCUUUUGUAAAUUUUCCUCUCUUGACUUUAAGUUAUUCGUUCAGUCAUCAUGUGAAGUUAAAACUUUCGGUUUUCAAAAGGGAUAAAAUGGAUGAAUAUGUAAAAUAACGUUUUCUGUUGCAACCAUUGGUCAAACUAUGGGGUAGGAAAAGACUGGUAAGCAACCAUGGAGCACCAUUAGGCACCAUGGAGCACCAUGGAGCACCAUGGACACGAUACGGUUCAUGCGAUAUUUCCUGUUGCACUUGAUUGGUCAAAAAAUCACAACACAGAUGAAAGUGAGGAAUAUUCCCUGAUAUUUCAGUUUUAUACAUGUACGUGCACUUUUUCAUUUGUUUAAAUUUGUAAAAAAUAUAAUAUAUUAAGGUUACGAGGAGGUGUACGUUGAGAGUUUUAGUGUAAAUUCUGUUUAAGCAGUUUUUUUAAGGACAGGGUAUUUGCAGCGAAGCCCUUUGAAUGCCUGGUUAUACAUUACCAAAGAGACCUCGUUAGCUUGUAUGUUUUGUUUACCCAUUUCAGGUCUCAUGGGAAUUCCCAGCUUUACCUUUUGUAAACUAUGUGUUCAUAUGCGCGUAAAUAAGAGGAAACUUUGUGGAAACGGUAUUCUUGAGUUUUGUCACAUGACCUGAAUGGAUAAAAAAGCAUUCAAGCUAACGUGUUUUUGGAUCUUGCUUAUUAAUGUGAGUAACUGUACUUAAAUGUAGGUAAAUCCACAGAUGUAUGAAACCUAAGUCAGCAAUGUAAGUAAGUAAACAAGGUUAUUAAAUACUUUUGUAAAUAUAUUUUUUUUCUUGUAUAGUGAAUUUAAUAAUAUUUCUAAAAAGUUAAUGAGCAAAUAUAUUGUUAAGAUAGAUUUUAAAAAAGUGACAUAAUAACCCUUGGUAAAGAACGUGUUCUGUCGGUGUCUACAAUCUUGUCUCUUUUUCUAAAGCAUAUGAUAUCCUCAGACAAUGUAAAUAUGUGUAAUGUGGUCCCUGUUUCUAUUUACAACCAUUGAAAGUAACAGCGUGUCACUGUACUCGGUUUUAAAUAACUGCAAGCGUGCAAACCACUCUCCUCCCUCCACCCCUGACAAAAAAUGUAUUGAUCCUGCGGUCUGCGUACCCUGGCGUGGAUAAGGAAAGAAUUGAUCGCGUUUAUCAGUCUUUCCCUUCC